GAAAAGAAGAAGGGUGAUUUGUAAGACAUGCCAAUAAUUUUAUUCUUGCACUUCAAGUGUAUUAUUAUUUAUAUCUCUUUCCAAAGUACAAUCAAAUCACCAAUAGGAAGAAAGCAUGGUUGGGAGCACCAAAAGCAGAGUUCUUAUUGCAUUUGCAGUUGCCAUUUGUGCAAUUAUUGCAUCCCAACAUCUCAAACAUAUUAUCUCAGGCUCAGCCUCAAUUUCCAGCUUCAUCUUUUCAUCUUCCAUUUUCUCAAAACUAUUAGAAAUAAGAUAUAUAAAUUCUCACUUCCGCCGCCACCACCACCCUCAGCAUCACCACCACCGCCAUGAAGAAAAAGUAAUGUUAUCAAUAUGUGAUGAUUUCCCGGCUGAUUUUCCACCUCCGGGAACAAAUACCACUUCAUACAUUUGCGUGGACCAGAAUGGAUGUUGCAAUUUCACCACUGUGCAGGCGGCUGUGGAUGCAGUCCAAGUUCCCAGUCUAAAAAGAACCAUAGUUUGGAUUAACAGUGGCCUUUACUAUGAAAAGGUGGUUGUCCCAAAAUCAAAAACAAACAUCACCUUUCAAGGACAGGGCUAUCUAUCAACUGCUAUUGUGUGGAAUGACACGGCCAAUUCUUCCCAUGGAACCUUCUAUAGUGGCUCUGUUCAAGUCUUUGCAGCCAACUUUAUUGCCAAAAACAUUAGCUUCAUGAAUGUAGCGCCCAUACCGAAACCGGGAGAUGUAGGAGCGCAGGCAGUGGCAAUAAGAGUGGCGGGAGACCAAUCUGCCUUCUGGGGCUGCGGAUUCUUUGGAGCACAGGACACUCUUCAUGAUGAUAGAGGCCGCCAUUACUACAAAGACUGUUAUAUUCAAGGCUCAAUUGACUUCAUAUUUGGCAAUGCAAAGUCAUUGUAUGAGAAUUGCCAGAUCACUUCAAUAGCCAGCCAAGUGCCACCUGGCGUCAGGAGCAUAAAUGGGGUUGUCACGGCUCAGGGACGGUCUUCCAUGGACGAAAACAGCGGUUACUCGUUUGUAAAUUGCAGCAUAGGAGGUACGGGGAGGAUAUGGCUGGGCCGAGCUUGGCGUCCUUUCUCCAAAGUUGUAUAUGCGUAUACUUCCAUGUCUGAUAUUAUAGCACCCGAGGGCUGGAAUGACUUUGGGGACCCUUCCAAAGACCAGAGUGUGUUCUAUGGUGAGUAUAUGUGUUCAGGAGCAGGAUCCAAUACAAGUCAAAGAGUCCCCUAUGAACAGAGGCUUAAUGAUACACAAGCUUUGUAUUUCCUUAAUGUCUCUUUUAUUGAUGCAGAUCAAUGGCUGCAACCAUUCAACCUCUAGCUAUAUCUGGAAAUAUCUAUUAAAGAAAUAAAUAAUUAUCCAUUCAUCAUUUUUUUCCUUUUCUAAUUGACCUCUCUAUUUAUCGAUAAAUCAACGUAGCUC